UGUGUCAUCAGUCUGCGCUGACCGCACGUUUAGCCCGCCUCGCGCAGUGGAGCUGUUACCUUGUCACGACAAUGAGCUGGACCGCGGCGGCGGCGGCGGUUCGCUGCCUGUGGCGGCUGCGCACGGGCGCCCUGCGGCCUCUCUCAGCUUAUGGAAGAAGAAUCAGCGUCAGGUUUUACAGUUUAGGAAUGACCUUAGACAAUAUCAAUCGGGCAGUUGUGGAUCGAAUAAUCCGGGUGGAUCACGCAGGUGAAUAUGGAGCAAACAGAAUCUAUGCAGGACAGAUGGCCGUCCUGGGCCGGACCAGUGUCGGGCCAGUCAUUCAGAAAAUGUGGGAUCAAGAAAAGGACCACUUGAAAAAGUUCGACGAGUUGAUGGUUGCAUUCAGGGUGCGGCCGACGAUUCUGAUGCCCUUUUGGAACGUGGUGGGGUUUGCACUGGGUGCAGGAACCGCCCUGCUGGGGAAGGAGGGAGCAAUGGCCUGCACCGUGGCUGUGGAAGAGUCUAUAGCACAUCACUAUAACAACCAGAUCAGGACGCUGAUGGAGAAGGAGCCUGAAAAACAUGAGGAACUUCUUCAGGUGAUAAGGAAAUUUCGGGAUGAAGAGCUAGAGCACCAUGACCUAGGCCUUGAACAUGAUGCACAGCUGGCUCCAGCAUACACUGUUUUGAAGAGCCUUAUCCAGGCAGGAUGCAGCGUGGCGAUAUAUUUAUCAGAGAGAUUUUAAAGUAUGUCCACUUUUCCCUGUUUGUAAAAGAUGACAGUGAUUGAAUAAGUAGCAUUGACAGAAAAGGAAAGUGCAAUUAUCAUUAUAUGAAUUUUGUUAAUAAAUUGCAAGAGGUUUUUUUUGGUCA